UAAAGACUGAACCUGUCAGUGAUGUGAGCCACUGCUUUUCAGGAGCUCAGCUGGACUGUGAUCUCACCAUGUCUAUCUACUGUGAACUGCUAAUACUGAUCCUUGCUCUGACUCUUGAUGUUCAAGUUCAUACAGGGGAAAUCAUUGGAGGUAAGGAGGCUGUGCCACAUAGCAGACCCUACAUGGUGCUUUUGGAGCGGCACAUGCAGGAUGGUAAAACAAAACACUGCGGUGGCUUCCUUCUGAAUGAGGAUUUUGUGAUGACUGCAGCCCACUGCCUGGCUUGUUCCUACACAGUCCUACUAGGACUUCACAAUUUCAGUAACAGUAAUGGAAUCCAGCGAACAUCUGUGGUACAAAAAUUUCCACACAAAGACUAUGACAAAACUGAUUUCAGCAAUGACAUAAUGCUUCUUAAGUUGAGCUCCAAGGCAGAAUUCAGCACAAAUGUGCAACCCAUUGUUCUCGCAGGCCAAGGUGAUGGCUCUCUGCCAAAAUCAUGUAUAGUCUCCGGCUGGGGAAAAACAGACAAGAAUAUACCUUAUAUGUCUGUUGUACUCAUGGAAGCCAAUGUAACAAUAAGUACGAAGUGUGAAAAGGAAAAAUCAUACUGCACUGAGGGAGAGACUGGACCUGGUAAUGGAGACUCCGGAGGUCCACUGGUCUGUGAAGAUGGAAAGGCGUACGGUGUGGUGUCCUCAGGUGCCAUAAACAAAUAUAGUUAUGCUAAGAUUCCUGACUACAGAAGCUGGAUCGAUUCAAUUAUGAACCAACAUUGAAAGUUCCAAUUCAUCUAACGAUUGACCAAAUCACAACGCUUGAAUUGAAUGUUUUUAUAACAUUGGAGAGCUGAUAAUUGAGAUGCUAAUAUCACAACUUAUUCCAAAGCUAUGAGACUGUCAGACCAAAGACUGGACUUGCUUACUUUACACAGAUUUAUAUAAAAUGUGCUUCAUUUUGACAUUACCAAAUGAUACAAAAUAACUUCCUGUUUGAGAAACUGAGUCAAAAGAGUGAAAAUAUAUGAAUGUGAUUCGGUUCAUUUAGGUGACAUUGUUUGGCUUUUUUUCAUCAUACAGCUGUUUUUUCCUGCUGCAGGGGGCUUUAACGUGACAUUUUAUUUGAAUAAACCUUAAAUUAAUCCAAGCAAAUUUGAUCCAAGCACAUGCAGGUUAUUUUAACAAUCAUGACACACAUUAAUUAGGCUUAUAAUGGACUCCAUACUGCUUAAUAAAUGUAAUAUCAUAGACACUCUAUGUCAUCCUGCUCAUAAAUACAACAGUAUCUGCAUUAUCUACAUUACUGCCAUGUGUAUCUUCUUUUUGACUUGAUUAAAUGAGAACACAGGAUCCUUUAAGUUUGUUUUGUACCAUCUUUUUGAACAAUAAACUGUUGUUCUCUCAGUA